AAGAAGAGGAAGAUGGCCCUGGAGGCGCAGGCAGAGCAGGAACUGAGCACGGACAGCAGCGAGGACAAAUCCCCGUGGCAGAACCUCGUGCAAGAGGCCGUUGGCAGCGGCUCCACGCCGCAGGAACGCAACGGGGAGGAAAAGCCUCGCAGAUCCUGCACCAGGAGGGGCUGCAAACGCACAGCCCGGGGAUCCCAGCAGGAAAGAGCCAGCCCGGGCCGGGGAGGCGGCCGCAGCUCGGAGCUGGGGCUCCAGGAGCAGCUUCACGAUGGCGAGAAGCCCCACAAGUGCUCGGGAUGUGGGAAAGGAUUCAGGACGAGAUCGGAGUUGAUCCAACAUCAGAGAAUCCACACUGGGGAACGGCCGUACGAGUGUGGGGAGUGUGGGAAGAGAUUCAGCCAGAGGUCAAACCUGAUCAGACACCAGAGGAUCCACACCGGGGAGAGGCCCUAUGAGUGUGGGGAAUGUGGAAAAAGCUUCACAGAUGGCUCAGGCCUGAUUGUCCACCAGAGGAGCCACACCGGGGAGAGGCCCUAUGAGUGUGAUAAAUGCAGGAAGAGAUUUCAGACCAGUUCUCAUCUCCUCCAGCACUCUCGCACUCAUCUGGAUGAGAGGCCUUAUGAGUGCCCCGACUGCGGGAAAGGCUUCAAGGAAAACUCCACCCUCAUCCAACACCAGCGCACCCAUACAGGGGAGAGGCCCUACGAGUGUGAUAAAUGCCGGAAGAGGUUUCUGACCAGCUCAAAUCUCCUCCUGCACUAUCGCACACAAGAGAGGCCUUAUGGGUGUCCCGAAUGCGGGAUGGGCUUCAAGCGAAACUCCAUCCUUGUUAGGCACCAACUCAUCCACACUGAGGAGAGGCCCUACGAGUGUGAUAAAUGCCAGAAGAGGUUUUGCACCGGCUCCAUUCUCCUCCAGCACUAUCGAAUUCACAAUGAUGAGAGGUCUUAUGAGUGUCCCGAAUGCGGGAUGGGUUUCAAGCAAAACUCCACCCUCAUGAGGCACCGGCACAUCCACACAGGGGAGAGGCCCUAUGAGUGUGAUAAAUGCAGGAAGAGGUUUCAGACCAGCUCCCAUCUCCUCCAGCACUAUCGUGCUCACCUGGAUGAGAGGCCUUACGAGUGCCAUGACUGUGGGAAGGGCUUCAAGAAUAACUCACACCUCAUCCAACAUCAGCGCAUCCAUACAGGGGAAAGGCCCUACGAGUGUGAUAAAUGCAGGAAGAGGUUUCAGAGAAGCUCUCAUCUCCUCAAGCACUAUCGCACUCACACCAAGGAGAUGCCGUACUGCUGCUCCGACUGUGGGAAGGGCUUCAAGCAAAACUCCACCCUUGUCAGUCAGCAAAUCAUCCACACCGGGGAGAGGCCCUACAAGUGUCCCGAGUGUGGGCAGAGCUUCUCACAGAGCUCUAACUUGACCCAACACCAAUGGAGUCUCCACUGAGGGAAGCCCUGCGAGUGCUCUGAGUGCGGGAAGAGCUUCGUGCGCUGCUCCAGCUCCAUCGCCCAUGGCAGGAUCCACGCUGGAUGAUCCCCAGUGAGCCUUGGUGGGCAGAGCCCCGCUGAGCCCUGGUGCCGCUGAUCCGUGUUGGGAACACACCUGGCUGGGGGCUCUGCGUCCUCCUGCUCCCAUCCCAGGCCAGAUCCCAGUCCCAUAUUCCCUGUACUGGUCCAUUUCUUGUACUCUUGAUCCCUCUCCCAUUCCCAUAUUUGUAUUUCUAUAUUUCCAGUCACGUUCACAUAUUCCCAUUCCCCAUUCCAUUCCCAUCAUGUUAAUCUCCAUCCCAUGUUCUCUCCAAUUGCUAUUUCCAUAUUCCCUGUCCCAUAUUUCCAUUCCCAGGUCCUAUUUUCAUUCCCGUUCCCAGCCCCUGUCCCCAUUCCCAGCCCCUGUUCCCAAUAACAUUCCCCGUUGUUGCAGUGUGUAACACAGAAGUCUCUCUCAGUCCCUACGAGAGAGAACAGAAUGCAAGAAUGAAAUUAAAAACCUUUCGAGAAA